CAAUAUUUGGUGUGACCACCGGAUAUAAAUGGUCGCAAAAGCCAGAGCAACUUCCGCGCAAACCUGCAAAGUUAUUGUGCGUAAAGUUAAAGCUGCGAGAAGAAGUUAAAGAUGUUAUACUGGAUGGAGAGGAACGGCAGCGGGUCGGGGACUCUCGACAGUGUCCGCAUCAUGUCCAGAUCGGAGAUCCUGAGAGAAAUCGUCACCGAGAAACUGACAACAGCCGCGCAGGAAAUCUUCGCGGUUGUGGAGAGAACCGUAGCCGGGUACGAGGAGGAGGCUUCGGGUCUGAGGCAGGAGAUCGACCGGCAGAGGAGGCAGCUGGAGGCGGUGCUGCAGCCUCGGGUCAAACUAGAGAGAAGAGAAUACUUGAUCACAGAUCCAGAAGGCCAUGAUGAUGCUGUUGUGAGGGGGGAGGAGGAGCAGACACAGCAGUCAGGUGAGGAGGACAGUGAGAGCAUUGGCCAACUGCGGGAUGAUGAUGAAGAGGGUGAUGGUGGCAAUGAAGAGCCGCAGCUUUCAGUGCAACCAGCAGCCAGCUUAAAAGAUCUGAAGGACCCCGAUUAUCAAAUAGAAUCAAGGUCACAAAUCACAGCUUAGCCAAAAGUAUGUGGAUACCCCUGUGGGCAUCCUUUUGUGUGCUCCUGGUCUGUUUUCCCUGGAACCAUUUUGUUCAAAUAAAGCUUGUUAGCUUAACAUGCUCUUAGCAUGCUAGUUAGCCAAACCAAGUAUGCUUUAGAAUCUAUGACUUAUUAGUUGUCAACUAUUAAAUUAAACAGCAACUAUUUUGAUAAGUUAAUUGGUUUGGGGUUUGAACAUGCAUGUAGGAGCUGUUAUACAUGGGGAACAUGCCCCCCCUACACACACUUUCCUCCGGCAAUUUCGGCUUUGGGUCAUAGCCAGGGCUGUUUACUAUGAGUGACUAGUCAAUCAAUCGCACACUCCCUAUCAGACAUGCUUAAACAGUUGAAAUAUGGACAAGAAUCAUGUAGCGUAUAGAAAACGUGACACAACGCAGAGGUGGUGCUGAAAAGUUAAGGGGGGAAGUUUGCUCGAGGCAGAUGCAGCAAAGUGCCUCAAUAUCACAGACUUUUCUUUUGUGCUGCUGUUACUUAUAGCCUACCUGAAGACAGCAGAGUGGGCAAGCAACGCACAUUUGCAAAAUAAAUAAAAUAGGUCAUUGGCACCUUUUCACGUUCCUUUUACAAAACUGUAGCCUACUUUUACUCUUUACGUGGCAUUUUCUACGGGCCAGUAAUCUACUUUGAAUUUCGCUACGUGUUCCAAUAAUAACUUAACCAGUUUGUAAUCUGCAUUUUGCUUCAUUAACCGAAAUGAGCUGUCAUCAGACUGUGUACGCGCAGUUAGGCAGAAGAGUGCCAUGUCUCCUUUUGUGGUACAGAGACGGCGCUUAUCACAGAUGAAUGCGCUGGGCAGAUGCAAACGUUUAGAAAAUCAGGCAAAUAACAUUUCAGUUUAAGGCUUUAUUGCUCGAAUACAACUGAAGUCAAGUGAGCGCACACCAUGGCACUGGUGGCUGAGUCAGAAAGCAGCCUACGUCGCUCUUAACAAGCCGGCAAGUGAAAUACUUUCCAUUAAAAGCGUAUUUAGUCUCCGCAGAGCAAAUGAAGACUACUCACUGUAGCCGAACAUCUAAGUCAGAUGACCACUGCAUUGAGUCUGAUAUAUUAAAAGUAUACUGUUGUGGAGCAGAGCAUCGCUUUCUUCUGAUGGACAUUUGCCUGUUUCUUUCACAUCGGUUACUAUUUGUUUUAUAGCAAGUCCAUAAACAGCAGCCACCAGCUGUUAUUUAUUCAGGAAAUCAUAUUUGAUAUGCACAGAGUCCUUUCCAUGGCUUAUUUAUUUAUUCUGGUGCUAAGCUGAACUGAUUACUUUUGGAGAGAAGUUUCUAGUUUUUAAAAUGUAUUUUAAUGGCUCAUUUAGUUAUAUACUCGCAUAAAAUUCUCAGGAAUAAAGGUCUCUAAAUACCCAGAGGCCCAACAAAUGCUUUGGCCGGAGAGUGGGACAAACAUCAGGGCCAUUUGUUUGCCCAUGUCUGUGACCAUCCUUGACCUUAAAAACCUGCUACGUGUCCAUAAACAAUUUAAAAGUACUCAAAAUGGUCACACAGAGAUGAGCAUCCUACAGUAUUUUAAGAGGACAGAGGUCACAGAAGGAGAAGAAAUAAACUGAAGAGGACGAGCUUGUAAGUUGUAUGGAUAGCUAGUAGACAUAGUAAAUUAUAAAACUCAUUUAGUAAAGACUUUAUUAGGCCAACGGCAUGUUAUCAGAGUUUGCAUUGAAGACAGUUCUGUGUUCACAACCCCUGAACCCCCCUAAAAUUUCAGCGCCAGUGAUGCGGGGAAUGCUAGUCACAGAGAAACAUCUCUUAAAUAGGUAGUACCAGUUUAAGGCUACGUCCGUGACCGUUCCAGUCUGCCAAUGAGCAGGUUGUGAUCGACUGCUGACUUCUUGUGGUUUACUAUAUCAAUGAGGGCAGAAAGAGAUAUUGAAUAAAGGAACUACUGGAUAUAACAUCACAUGCAGUGUUUCCCACAAAUAGGCUUUACGGUGGUGGACACCCAGGUGUAUAUUUGGCGACCCACAUUUUGCAGAGAAACGCAGAGUGCAAUGCUGUCUUUUACUUUAUAAGACACGGACACGGUGUAUAUAUUUUACAAGCACGGACUCGAUAGAUACCGUUGUGGUUUCAUUAGGCUUCGUCAUUAACAAGCCUGCGGCUGAAAACAGAGUCGCAGGUGGAAAUCGCAAGUUCUGUCAUUUGAGUUUUACGUCAACAGAGCAGACCUACAGAUAGAGACAGAAAGAGGUGGGGCAAGCCGCUGUGUUUGCAGCAGAGGUGUAGGGCUAGUGAGUAAAAACUAUAAUAAAGGUGAGUUGGAGAAUGAAGUAGAAUUAAAAUGGUUAAAUAAGAAAGAACCUGUUGGUAUAGAUCCUGUCUCUGAUGAAGAGAGAAGCAUUCUCCCAGAACAGGUUGAAAUUACAGAUGAAGUCCAUGUUGUGAGCUGUGCAUUCAGACUGGAGUCAGUUGUGCAGGCUCAGGAUACGGCUAAAACGGUCUGCUCCACGACAUAGAGAUGGAAUAAAUGAGACUUUUCACUGUCCUUUAAGAUGUUAAACAGGAGAUUAAAGUUGUUUUUGUUGAGCUCAGACUCAUUUCGUUCAUAGACGACAGCAGGAUAAUCGGAUAUAGUGUGUUCUGUAGACCAUCUCUCAGGUUAUCGUCUCUCAGAGAUUCAUCUGUGAGGAGGAAGCCUGGCAGACCAAGCCCCCAAGAAAAACCCAAUCACCACCACCUCAGAGUCUGCGUACUGGAGGAUUCGCAGUCAGAUGUUCUUUCAAACAAUGUGUUUCAGAAAUGUCCGGUUCAGGAGCUGCAGUGUCCUAGUAGCCUGCAGGAGCGGACUUCCUGGACCUGCUGAGGUCCACCUUCCCUCAGCUGGCUGCUCAGAAACAGUUUGACUUCUUCACAUCCGACAGGAGCAGGAGGCUCCUUCCUCUGAGAGUAAAGACGCUGACACCAGUGGAGAUCUACAAGGGCAUCAGGCUCACCGGAGCAGGACACUCAGCCCUCUACAUCCGACUGGAGAGAAGUGAUGAUUCUCCAUCCAGCCCUGCCAUCACGUCAGCUGGUCAAAGCCAAAUGAACCCCAGGUUAUCGUCUCCCAGAGAUUUGUCUCACCAGGCGGUAGAGGCUGAGGAGGAGGAAGAGGCAGAACUCCACCUUUUAAAGAGAAACCACGGUACCACCACCGAUAUUCCGUCCACUCCCGCCGUGGUGAUAAAAAGCGAUGAAGCCGGGCUCAGCCCAAGGUCAUUUUUCCUCAGAGGCCAGUCUGACAGGAAAGGGCCCGGUAGACCUCGGGCCAUUGACAAACAGAAGCACCUGGAUCUCAGGAUCUGCAUCCUGGAGGACUCACAGACCGAUGUGCUCUCGAAAACCGUGUUUAAGAAAUAUCCGGUGCAGGAGCUGCAGUGUCCUCUGGGCCUACAGGAAGCGGACUUCCUGGACCUACUGAGGUCCACCUUCCCUCAGCUGGCUGCUCAGAAACAUUUUGACUUCUUCACAUCUGACAAGAGCAGGAGGCUCCAUCCUCUGAGAGUAAAGACGCUGACACCAGAAGAGAUCUACAGCGGCAUUAGGCUCACUGGAGCAGGACACUCAGCCCUCUACAUCCGACUGAAGACCGGAGAGGAUCCUCAGAGCAGCAGUGAAGACCUUCAUCCUGUAGAGAGGCGAGAUGAUUCUCCUUCCAGCUCUGCCUCCACGUCAGCUGAUCAAACCCAAAUACACCCCAGGUUAUGGUCUCCCGGAGAUUCGUCUGUGAGGAGGAAGCCUGGCAGACCAAGCCUUCACGGAGGAACCAAUCACCACCUGCUCAGAGUCUGCGUACUGGAGGAUUCUCAGUCAGAUGUUCUUUCACAAAACGUGUUUCAGAAAUGUCCUGUUCAGGAGCUGCAGUGUCCUCGUGACCUACAGGAGGCGGACUUCCUGGACCUGCUGAGGUCCACCUUCCCUCAGCUGGCAGGACACAACAAACCUUUUGACGUCUUCAAGUCCGACAGGAGCAAGAGGCUCCAGCCGCUCGAAGUAAAGACGCUGACACCAGAGGAGAUCUUCAGGAGCAUCAGGCUCACCGGAGCAGGAUACUCAGCCCUCUACAUCCGACUGAAGACCGGAGAGGAUCCUCAGAGCAGCAGUGAAGACCUUCAUCCUGUAGAGAGGCGAGAUGAUUCUCCAUCCAGCUCUGCCUCCACGUCAGCUGAUCAAACCCAAAUACACCCCAGGUUAUCGUCUCCCGGAGAUUCGUCUGUGAGGAGGAAGCCUGGCAGACCAAGCCUUCACGGAGGAACCAAUCACCACCUGCUCAGAGUCUGCGUACUGGAGAAUUCUCAGUCAGAUGUUCUUUCAAAAAACGUGUUUCAGAAAUAUCCGGUUCAGAAGCUGCAGUGUCCUCGUGACCUACAGGAGGCGGACUUCCUAGACCUGCUGAGGUCCACCUUCCCUCAGCUGGCAGGACACAACAAACCUUUUGAGGUCUUCAAGUCUGACUGGAGUAAGAGGCUCCAGCCGCUCAAAGUAAAGACGCUGACACCAGAGGAGAUCUUCAGGAGCAUGAGGCUCACUGGAGCAGGACACUCCGCCCUCUACAUCCGACUGAAGACAGGAGAGGAGGAGGAGCUCCACCUUUUACAGAGAGGCGCCGCCUCCACUGAUUUUCCAUCCACCGUCCAAAGCGAUGAAGCCGGGCUCAGCUCAAGCUGCUCUGUUCAGCAUGUGGAAGGUGACAAAGUGGAUGUUCAGUCCAGCAGCUCAACAUCACAACAACAAGACAUGGAAACGGAGGAAGCUGAUGAUGAAGAUGCUGCUGAGAGCCAAGUGGACUCCAGUGAUGAUGCAGACAAAGAUGGAGAUGAGGCAUUCAACGGAGACGACGACUGGAAACCAGAUCCUGAUCUGCAGUCGCCAAAGAAGAGGAAGAAGAAAGAGUCCAAUUUGUCUGGUGUGAAGGGGCAGUUGAUUGGGAGCAGUAAAACGCCCUGUAAAGUCUGUGGACUUUUGUACCGGAACUUGGGCAGUUUGAUCAAACACGCCUGGAGUCACGUUGAGAAAUCACAGCUUGUUUGUGGAGUGUGUGGAGAGCAGUUUGAAUCUGUUGAAGAGUUAAAGGGACAUCUUAGAAAUUAUCAAAAAAGUCACGACUGUUCUCAUUGUGGGAAAUCUUUCCUCACCAAAACUAGCCUCAACUCCCACACCACUCUACACACAGGAGACAGACCGUUUAAAUGUGACGUUUGCCACAAAACCUUUGGACGAUUGUCAACUUUGUGUGCUCACCGUUGGGUCCACGUGGCUGAUAAACCACACAAGUGUGAUAUUUGCCCGAAGGCGUUUGGUCUAAAGACACAGCUCAAAGCUCACAGCAUGAUACACACAGGUAGAGACAAGUACCACUGCAAUAUUUGUGGUAAAUCUGUCUACGACCGGCGAUCUUUAACUCGCCACAAGGCGACCCACUCGGUAGAGAGACGUUACGGCUGUGAGCUUUGUGGGAAGCGUUUCAAAGGUCCCGCUGGGUUGAAGUCGCAUGAGAAGGUCCAUGCCUCCAGAGACCGGCCGUACCUCUGCCACAUCUGCUGCAAGACGUUUGUGGAAAAGAGCAGUUUAAAAACUCACAUGCUAACGCACAGCAAUGACAGGCCGUUCAUCUGCAGCAUAUGUAGCAAAGGCUUCAAAUCCAGCGCAAAGCUGAACGUGCACAUGCGUGUGCACACCGACGAGGCGCCGUACAGCUGCUCAGAGUGCGGCCGCUGUUUUAAACACAAGACUUACCUGACCAACCACGUGAGGACCCACCUGGGCAUCAAGCGGUUUGUCUGUGGGGUUUGUGGGAAAGCGUGCUUUCGCCAAGAACACCUGAAGGUCCACAUGAGGACCCACAACGGAGAGAAACCUUACAAGUGCACCGUCUGCGACAAAGCUUUCACUCAGAGCCACUGUCUGAAAACACACAAGAAGAGCCACCAGGGGGAAGAAAACCUGUUCCUGAACGCAUCCACCUCCUAAAAAACUCCUUUUAUCAACCUGUUCUGUCUAAAAAGUGGUGAUGGAGGUUGUUUUGAUGGCGCUGAAAACCACAUCUAUCCUUCAUUCUUUUGUGAUACUGACAGAAAUGUGUCCACAACACAGAAAACUAACUUCUGCUUGGACUUGUAAACAUUAUCAUUCUUUGAACACACAAUUAUACACACAUUUUACAUAUAGAACAAAACUUUCCCCUUCCUACUUUACCUGGUUCAGCCCUCUGCCGCCCCUCCUGAAAUCAGCUUGUAUGUGACUUUGACGUCAGCAAGGACACAAAAGUUUCUUAAUAAACUUAACAAAUAGA